AUGGACAAGGCAAAGCUUGAGAAAGUUUCCCAUGCUAUAUAGCCUCUCACCUACACUGUCCAUCAUGUGCCAAAGGACUCCACAGAGCGUUCUCUCUCCCCUGUGGCCACUUCAUAUGCGACCUGUGCAUGACCGCCAUCGAGAGGGAUGCGAGCUGUAAGGGCACGCAGUCACACGGCCAAUGCCCCGAGUGCCACAAACUGUUUCCCAACCCACCCUCUUCAGAGUGGGACUUUCCGAGCAACCCGCUGGUAGGACAGGUCCUCCAGCACCUGACGGAGCAGAACGAUACGGCCGUGAGACAGAGUCAACGCUUCUUCUGGAAGAAGACUGGUCGUCGGACCCUGGGGGAGGAGGUCCCCUGCGGCUUGUGCCACAUGCGCCGGCGAGCAGUGAAAUUCUGCCAGACCUGUGAGCUCAAUUACUGCAAGAAAUGCCUGAAGAACCUUCACACCCGGGGCCCGUACCGUUCGCAUGUUUUAUUGGCGCCCAUUAUGGAGUGCUGUACACCGUGCCCGCGUCAUUUGGAGCGCUCUAUGACGGACUACUGUUUCAGUGAUGGAACAGGAGGUUGCGAGGAGUGUAUGGAAGCGGAGCACCAGGACCAUGAUGUCAACACCGUAGAUGAGGCCUACUGUCGGAGGGGGAGAAGCCUUCGAGAGGCCUUGGCCAACGCUGAGAAAGUGAGGGCUGUGGGAGGCUGAGGUUACUCUGGUAAAGGAGCAGAGUUCCAGGAUGAGUUCCCAGGUCGGAGAUCUCCAGCGUAGCCUCCACGAGGGCUUCACAGCCCUGUACGACUUCCUGCUCACCCAAGAGAGGAUGCUGCACUCUCAGCUAGACAGUCUGGUCAAUGAGGCCCAAGAUGAAACCAGGGGGCUCGCCUGCCACUCCGCCCAGGGGAUUGAUGCCCUUGAUGGGCUGCGGAUCAUAUCGGAGCAGGCCCUUAAGGAGCACGACUGUGUUGCCUUCCUCCAGGGAGCAGAUGGGCUGGUUCAGCUGCUGCACCGGGCUACAGACAAGACGCCCUCCAUGGAGAGGGACCUCCAGGAUGAGCCCUUUAAGGACCUGGUGGAAAUGGACUUCCAGGCCAUUCUGAUUGGGCUUCAGGAGCUUCUAGGGAGGCACGUCCGCUGCACAAGGCCUGAAAGCCGUGAUGAGGAACCUAACGUGGGGGUGGCGGCUGAGGUAGGGGUUGUCAGCCAGGAGGUACACACACGGGAUGAGUUACAGGAGUUCCAGGCCGUUCUGGAUGGGCUGCAGAAGAUCCUAGUAAGGAACCGCCACUGCAAGAUGCCUGAAACCCCUGCUUUGAUUCCUGCAUCCUCAGCCCCAACACCCAGUACAUGUUCAGAGUGCAGUGUGUCAACAAGCACGGGGCUGGAGUGUGGAGCGACCACUACUGGCUCAGCACCGAUGGCCUUGGCGACGAUACCGCAGAGGUUUAAAACAAGGUGACUGGACUGAGAAUGACAUCAUCUCACCUGCUCAAAU